AUGAGUGGGAGAAAAAGAAUACCACUGCAACUAUUUCAGCUGGUGGUACAUUAUGUAAUAUCCAACAUCAUCACCAUCAUCUACUCAGACUCAGUAGUAGUAUUGAUCUUCCUACUACUACUACUAACAAAGGGAACAAGAUCAGCAGCUGACUCUAAUUCUCAUUCCAAACAGUGCCAAGAGAAAUGCGGGAACGUGAGCGUUCCUUAUCCAUUUGGCAUUGGGAAAGGAUGCUACAUGAACCCCAUGUUUGAAGUCUUUUGCAAGGAGCCAACUCUCUCCUGUUCCGGAUUUACAAAGUUGGAGAUCUCUGUGGAUCAUUAUGUGCGCGUAUAUGGUCCUACUGUUGUUAAUUGUUACAGCAAGUCGUCUGCAAAAUAUUCUUCUCUAAGUCUUGGGUUGGAUUCGUUACCAUUCCGAGUCUCCCACGUCAAAUAUAAGUUUGUAAAUCCGGAUAACAACUUCUCAGAAUUCAACACCUCAGUAUUUACUGAUGACGAAUUCUUUCCUGCUGUCCCGUUGGUGCUUGACUGGGUAAUUGGGAGCAAUCUUUCUUGCCACGAAGCUCGCCGAAGAAAAGACUAUGCAUGUGGCAAUAACAGUGUAUGCUUUGAAGAUGGCAUGGGAUAUCGAUGUCGCUGCUCUCAAGUCUUCAACAUUUUCCUUUGCGGGAGUCUUCAACAAUCCAAACAAAGCAAGCGGAACAACUAUUUACCAGUAAACAGAAACAAAGUUAGUCGUAGAGCAUUGCAGCAGACAGAUAUUGAUGAGUGCAAAGAACCAAAAAAGAAUAUUUGCCCAAAGGACGCUCUUUGCUUCAAUUUUUCGGCACGUGCAGGCAUUGGAAUUGCUAUUGGUGCUCUAGUCUUCAUCACUAUUGGUUUAUGGUUGCACCGUAAACUUGCGAAGAGACGGAAAAACAAAUUGAAAUAUAAGUUCUUUAGAAAAAAUGGAGGAUUGUUAUUGCAACAACAUAUCUCUUCAACUCGAGAAAGUGCAAUGAAAACAAAACUCUUCACAGUGGAAGAGUUAGAGAAGGCCACAGACAAUUUUAAUGAAAGUCGAGUCCUUGGCAAAGGAGGGUUCGGUACAGUUUACAAAGGGAUGCUAUCCGAUGGAAGCAUAGUGGCGGUUAAGAAGUCUAAAGAAGUUGAUGAAAAUCAAAUUGGUCCGUUCAUUAAUGAAGUUACUAUCCUUUCUCACAUAAAUCACAGAAACAUUGUGAAAUUGUUAGGUUGUUGCCUAGAGACUGAAGUUCCAAUACUAGUGUAUGAAUAUAUUUCGAAUGGCACCCUCUCCGACCAUCUUCACGAUGAGGGCUAUGCUUCGAUGCCUUGGAAUGAUCGCUUGAGAGUUGCUGGGGAAGUUGCAGGAGCACUUGCUUAUUUACACUCAUGUGUUUCUACAGCUAUCUUUCACAGAGAUAUAAAGUCUAGUAACAUAUUGUUGGACGAAAAUUACAUGGCUAUAGUAUCCGACUUUGGACUUUCAAGAUCAGUACCCCUUAACAAGACUCAUUUGACGACAUUGGUAGCAGGCACAUUUGGUUACUUGGAUCCAGAAUAUUUUCGAUCAGGGCAACUAACUGAUAAAAGUGAUGUUUAUUCAUUUGGUGUAGUUCUUGCUGAACUCUUAACAGGAAGAAAAGCGGUCUCUUCUAAUAGUUCUUAUGAAGGUCUUGUAUUUCAUUUUCGAUCAUCAAUAAAACAUAGUGGUCUGUUUGAAAUCCUAGACACACUAGUUGUGAAUGAAGGCCAAGAGGAGGAGAUUAAUGUUGUUGCUACUCUUGCAAAGAGAUGCCUAAAAUUGAAUGCGAAGAAAAGGCCAAGUAUGAAAGAAGUGGCAGCAGAACUCGACCGAUUGAGACGGAUACAAGAGCAGCUAUUAUUUCAACAGGAUAGCCUGAAUAGCUACAACUUGGGAAAGGAUGUUACCGGAACCAGAAGUUUGAAGUCACUUGCAAUGAGUCAUCGCACUUGGCAUUUCUCUCCCAUUCCGAUUCAGAGGUUCUCCAUAUCUCGAUGGACUAUAUCUGGAUCUAAUGGUUCAUAUGAAUCAUAUGCCACAGACUACUGGGGCCAACCGUUUCAUUUCUCGCACACCCAGAAUAAGUUGGUAGCCAUAGGAUGUGACAUAUUUGCAUAUGUCACUGAUAUAACCAGUAAGGCCUAUAUAACUGGUUGCGCGGCGGUCUGCUAUAAUAAAGACAUGCUCAUCGAUUCUUGUUCUUGCUUUGGCUAUGGUUGCUGCCAGACUAGUCUUCCAAAACAACUCAUUUCUUUUGUUAUGGGCUGA